AUGAGAGCUCUUUGCUUUAAACUCAGGGAGGAUGCAAAAUGCAGAAAAGACGCUCUGAUACCACUUGAUGCAGUUCAAGGUUGUUCCUUAGUCGUGCUCAAUCUAGCAGACAUUCUGAUAAGAGCAGAACCGUUGGCCACUGGUUUGGCAUCAGAUGUGCACGGGAAGGUAUUUUGCUUUGUGUCAUGGUCUUUUUUCUGGAUUUUCUUGUUCUCUUCUCUUUUACCUGUCGUAUCUUCUCCGCCGAGUCCACUAGAUCACAAUUCUGUGAGAACUAUUUCCAUUAGUAUUGCUUGCUGGCUUGCUGCUGGUGACCCGCCACUUAUGCCUGUAGCAAGGUUGACAGUCCUGCAAGACCUUGAAGGGCAUUUACAGAUGCGUCACGGAAACCUUGAAGGGCUUUAA